AUGACUGCCAAUGCGACAAUAUUUUUGACACAGAAGCUGUUGAAUGCAUCGAAUAAUGAUGAGACGUAUGAAGUUUGCAUGAAGACUCCACCCGACAUAGUUUCAGAUGGCCUCUGGGGUGGCCAAUUUACUGGUAGGACCCCAAUGAGGUCUGCUUUACCUCUUUUUCAAUUGCAGGCUGGUCUGAUUUUAGGGCCUUCGUUUGAUAAUAAGUCAUUCAAUUUGAAUCGCUACAGGGAGAUGUUGUUUCCAUUUGGAAGUCAAAACGUACUUGCAGGAGUAACAUCAAUUGGAUAUGCUUUCUUCGCAUUUGUAACAUCUGUGCAGAUGGAUUUUAGCAUGAUCACAAGAACAGGGAACAAAAUUUGGGGCAUUGCCUUAAUCGGAUUGGUAGCGCCUGUGCUGGCCGGUCUUUCAUGCUUGUCAUGGUUCUAUGAACCCUUAAAGGUUGCCACGGGACCACAUUUAUGGGACCUCAAGGUUACGGCGUUAUCACAUAGUGUAACUGCAUUUCCUGUGGUUGCUUGUUUUCUCAAUGACCUGAAAAUCGUAAACUCUGAAUUGGGGAGGCUGGCUUUAACCACAGCCUUGGUGAGUGACAUAACUAGCUUAACAAUAAUAAGUCUUGGGACUGCCUUAGCAUACAACGUUGACGGUAAAAUGGACUUCGUGAGCUUGGCAUUUUGUGCCGCCUUUGUUGUCCUCAUUCCAUUAAUAUCCAGACCAGCUAUGUUUUGGGUCAUUAAACGUACUCCGGAAGGAAGACCUGUGAAGGAUCAUUACAUAUUUAUCAUCAUCGGAGUGGUCCUAGCUCUUGGUUGGAUUUCACUAAUAUUGCACCAGGAAUUCAUCUUAGGACCUUUCAUCUUUGGAUUGUCUGUCCCUGAAGGGCCUCCGUUGGGCUCUGCCUUGGUUAAGAAGCUUCAGCUGUUUAGCAUGUGGUUCCUUUUGCCAAUCUUUGUGACAACUUGUGCCAUCAAGGUUGAUUUUUCAAUAGACUAUACAUUGACACAGGUUUUAACCAUUGUUGCCUUCAUCCUUAUGACCCAUUUGGUCAAAAUAUUAGCCCAUUUGCUAACUUCCCUGUGUUGCAAGAUGCCCUUACGUGAUGGUUUGAUAAUUGCCCUCAUUUUGAACUGUAAAGGAGUAGUGGAAGUAUUCUGGUACCAUGGUGUAUAUGAUGAAAAGAUUUUGAGUGGUCAGGCUUAUGGAGUCUUGAUGGUGUCUGUCCCGAUCAUAGCAAGCAUUACGCAAUUGUUGGUGAAAUACUUGUAUGAUCCUGCCAGAAAAUACACUGGCUAUCAGAAAAGGAACAUUAUGAGUCUGAGAUCCGGCGGUGAGCUGAGAAUGGUCGCUUGCGUUCAUAAAGCACCCCACAUAUCUCCUAUCACGGAUUUCCUUGAUCUCUGCAAUCCAACAGAAGAAAAUCCUAUCACUGUGGAUGUAUUGCAUCUAAUUGAACUAGUUGGGAGGUCGUUGCCCGUUUUCGUCCCACAUCGUCUUCAAAAGACAGUCUCAGGCUCACUCAAAUCUUACUCAGACAAGGUCAUUCUAGCUUUUGAUCUUUACGAACGUGAGACCCCAGGCGUAUCAGUAAACACUUACACAGUGAUCUCUCCACCUCACCUGAUGAAUGAAGAUGUCUGUAUCCUGGCUUUGGACAAACUUGCAUCCAUGAUAAUCCUUCCAUUCCAUCGAAGAUGGUCUGCUGAUGGUAGAAUUGAGUCUGAUGACAAGAACACCAGGUCAACAAACUUGAAGCUCCUGGAAAGAGCUCCCUGUUCCGUUGGAAUUCUCGUAGGUCGUGCUUCACUUCCAAAAGAUUCCUCGAUAAGGUUAGCCAUGGUGUUUCUGGGAGGGGAUGAUGAUAGAGAGGCUUUGUGCUUAGCCAAAAGAGCAGCUAAGGAUCCAAAGGUCACCCUUGUUGUGUACCACCUUGUUGGCUACGAAGAUUCAGGAACAUCAGACUUGGAAAACAUCCUCGACAGAUCGUCGCUGAAAGAUGUGAGGCAAGAUUAUCCUGGUCUGAGUAAUGUAACAUACAGAGAGGUUUCUUCUAAUGACGGGACAGAAACAUCUGCUUUUCUUCGUAACAUAGUAAACGGGCAUGACUUUUUCAUAGUUGGGAGAAGGCAUGAGAUCAACACGCCUCAAACAUCUGGGCUUUCCCAGUGGAGUGAAUUUCAAGAGUUAGGCUCCAUUGGCGAUUUGCUUGCUUCAUCAGAUUAUGGAGGCAGGGCUUCUGUGUUGGUGGUGCAACAACAAGUCUCCAACCCUAAAAUAACGUGGAAGUUUUAG